AGAAAAUAACAAAGAUACCCUUCUCAUCCCGCAGCCCUAACAAAUCGAUCCCCUUUCUUCCUCCUUCCCCCUCCCCCUCUGCUGACGCCUGCCGCCGCGCCGCCGCCGAGGUCGCCCGACUCCUCUCUCCGUUCGGUCCAGUCGGGCGAGGAUUGGUAGCUCCUCCACCUUGAGCUGGGAGCAUGGUGGAUGGGGGUAUUGUGGUAGCCAUAUGCCAGUACGGCGGAGAAUUCACCUCUGGGCCCAAUGGUAAUCUGAUAUACAAAGGAGGAGAAGCACAUGCUGUUGAUGUCACUCGUGAUUUUUCGCUUGAGAGCUUCAAGGAUGAGGUGUCCAAGGUGUUCCAUGUUGAUGUCACUGACAUGUCACUCAAGUACUUUCUUCCAAAUAAUAACAAGACACUCAUUACAAUAUCAUGUGACCUGGAUUUGCAAAGGAUGGUUGAUUUUACUAUCAGUGCCGCACAAGUGGAUGUUUUUCUGAUAAGUAGAGAAGAGAACAGGAGUAUUGCAACUCAUUCUGGACCUACACCUGGCUCUAUUGCAAGUGGCGACAAAAGGAAAAGGCCAGCUUCCAAAAACAAGGUAAUCAGAAGUAACAACAAGACUACCAACUCUCCUGGCAACGCAGUUCAAGCUAGCGCCAAUAAUGUGGGACAACCAAUUUCAGUUUUUACUGAAAAUGAAGACAACAGGAUUUUUCAGUUGGAAUUUGGGAAUGACAUCGCAAUUACCACCACAGUUGGAGGUGCUUCCUUCACACCAGACAUUCUGGAUCAGCAAAAUCUUGCUCUUGUUGAUAAUAUGCCUAGGGAAGCAGUUAGUAUGUUUGAUGGUGCAGUCAUUCCAUAUGAUGGUUCUGAGAUCAUGGAAGAGCCUCCCCAGGGACUUGACAAUCCUAUUCUGUUGUGGGAUGACAUUAUCAAAGGAGUUGGUCAAGAAUUUGAUAAUGUGAAGGACUUCCGUGCUCAGUUGUGCAAGUAUGCCAUCGUGAAAGGAUUUGUAUACCGAUUCAUAAAAAAUGAAACCACUCGUGUCACUGUAAAAUGUGCUGCGGAGGGGGGUUGCACCUGGCGGUUGCAUGCGUCCGAAUCAUCUCGUAACAAGAAAUUUGUUAUCAAGAAAAUGACAGAUGAACAUACUUGUGGAGGAGGAAGUGGAGAGGGUCAGCGUCGAGCAACAAGACAGUGGCUGACUACUAUCAUUAAGGAGAAGCUGCAUGAGAACCCAACGUUUAAGCCAAAGGACCUUGUAAAGGAAUUAUAUGAACAAUACGGAGUUACACUAACAUAUUCACAGGUUUGGCGAGGUAAAGAAGUAGCACAGAAAGAGCUGUAUCAUGCUAUCAGGGAGACUCACAGUCAUUUACCCUGGUAUUGUCAGAGGCUUGAAGAGACCAACCCAGGUAGUAUAAGUGUGCUGUCUCCAGUGGUGGAUACGAAAUUCCGUCGCUUUUUUGUUGCAUUCCAUGCUUGUUUGCAUGGCUUUGUAAAUGGAUGCAGACCUCUCAUAUUUCUGGACAAGGUCCCACUGAAAGCGACAAACGAGUACAAGUUGCUUGUGGCUGCUGCAGUUGAUGCCGAUGAUGGUGUAUUUCCGGUGGCAUUUAAUGUGGUUGAAGAUGAAAAUUAUGAUAGCUGGGGUUGGUUCUUAAUGCAGCUGAAAAUGGCUCUCCAAAUACACAACUACCCUUGCACCGACAUGACAUUCUUGUCCAGUGGACAAAAGGGUCUAGAUGCUGCUGUCUCUCAAGUGUUUGAGGAUAGCCAACAUGCCUUCUGUUUGCAUCAUAUCAUGGAGGAAUUCAAAGGAGAGCUGAGGAAAGGACCGUGGUCGCAACAAAUAAGGGAGGGGAUGGUUGAGGAUUUUACUCGUGCGGCCCAAGCAUGUAGCAUCGAGGAUUUUAAUGUGUCCAUCGAAAACAUAAGGCAUAUAUCCAGUGAAGCUGCUGAAUGGAUCAUUGCAAGGCAGCCAGAACAUUGGUCGGAUGCCUUUUUCACAGGCCGCCGGUAUGAUCAUUUCUCCCUGAACAUUGUUGAUGCCUUCAAUAACUGGAUACCAACGAAGAAGGAGAGUUCCAUAGUGCUGAUGACAGACUCAUUGGGAAUGAAAAUCAUGGAAGUAAUAGAAUCAAGGCGUGAAGCUUGCAACGCGUGGGAGGGUCCUUUAACACCCACGAUGGAAUACAAAGUGCAGGAUGAGAUGUUGAAGGCCGGCAAGAUGACUGUGCUGUGCUCCUCUGAGACUCUGUUCGAAGUGAGGGGCAAUGCGAUUUAUGUCGUUAACCUUGCGGCUCGUGAGUGCACGUGCCGAAGGUGGCAGCAGUCCGGCCUCCCCUGCAUGCACGCCGUUGCUGUGUGCAACAGGCUUGGGUGCUCUUUCUAUGACUACUGCUCAGAGUUUUUGACAGUGAAAAGGUACCGGGAAACUUACUCAGGUACAAUCUUCCCGAUACCUGACAUGGAUAGCUUUGAUUUUAGUGCUGGGGCGAAUGAAAUCCCGCCUCCCAAGCAACGCGCAUCGGAUAAACCAAGAAGGAAGCGGUCUAACCCCAACAAGACAAGCACUCUUGUAAGGCUAUGCAGCAGGUGCAAGCAAACAGGCCACAACAAGGCAACCUGUGAAGUUGAGUUUGUAGACAGAAGCAACCUCUUCAUCUCCACUCUCUAGGUGAUGUACAGCGACAGCAGUGUCGAAUUAAGGAUCUGAUGUUCCGAUGUCGAAUUAGAGAACAUGGUGGUUUCUUUUCUUGGGGAUGAGAUGCAGCGAAGCCAUGCCUGUCCAGUGGUCAGAUUCUUGCUGCGAUUUGCGGUUUCUUGGGUGGAAAAAGGUGUGGAGAUGCAGUCAUACAUAGGACGUUAGCAUAGGUAGCUUGCGAUGAUGACGGUGAUGAUGUCGCUGGAACAGCAGCGUAGAUGGGUUAGCAGUUGAGAACUGUAGAUGGUUAGUCCAUACCAUAGUGUUUUUUUUUCCCUUGAUCUAAAAAAAUCUAGUCAUGGUCAAUCACAAGAAGGUAUCAAUUUGCUCAAUCAGCUCAAUCGCAUCAGCAUGCAUCAAUUUGCAAGCAUCCGUUUUCUGAUCUGCAUGCAUGCAUAUCCCUUUCGUCUGUGUUUAAUUUGAUCCUACUACUACCACAAGACGGUAUGAAGCACGAAUUGAUGAUUCCUGUCA